AGUACGCUGCAGCCAGUUAGUACAGUCGUUUUUUCUUCGACGCAGAUUUAUUAUAUUCCCCGUAAAAAUAAAAGAAAUAAAAUUUUUUACUGCGGUUGCUCAUUGUGAUUGUUUUGGAAUUACAGAAUAAAAGCGGUAAAAUAGUGCAUGCAUUUUAUUACAACAAUCGCAAACGAAAACCCAAGUGAAUUUAAAGUGUUUAGCUACGGCAAGAAAAAAGAAAAGAUUCACGUUGAAAACGUUUUUCGUUCCCCAUAUUUUUGGUACGGUCGUUGUCGUCGUGCAUACUCGUUCGUCGUAGUCGCCGUCGUAUUCUUUACCAAUCAAAGACAAAAAAAACAGCAAUAGCCGAAAACGAUUUCGAAUAAAAAAAUUACGUGUAUCCCAGAAUGGAAUUUUUUAGUGGUUUAAUUUGGUUUGAAGCAAUUGACUAAACAGUGCUCGAAAACAAAACUAAACAAGAUACAAAUUGUAACAUUUUCUUGAUUGAAUCUGGGACAUGUUAAUAAUUACUUAAGAACAAGAGGAAGCAGUAAAUAUUUCAGAAUUGUGAAAAAGAGUAGUAAACGUUGUCUUUGAUAUGCUGCUGCUGUUCUUGUUGUUGUUGUUGCUUUAAUACCAAUACAACAACAAAUAAAACGUUUCGUCGUAUUGUUGUUGCGUUUGUGUGGAGAAGGGCGCGCGCGAGUAUUUCUUCAGUUUUUUUCAAUUGAAUUCUAAUAUUGAAGAAAAAAGAAUAUGUUAUAUGAAAUUAUAUAAAUAAGAGAACAAAACAUAAUUAUAUGUUUUAACAAAAUAAAGAGUAUAAUAAUUUAAAAUUAAAGUGGCUUAUUUUUGUUAGAGCUCAUCCAUUGGGUCAGUGUUGAAAUAAAAUUCCAGCCUUAUUUGAAACUGAAAAAAAGGAAAAUUUGUGCGCGUAACAAAAAAAGGGAGGCGGAAGAAGCAGAGAAAGAAACGAGCUCCAAUAUAUGUCUACUUAAAAUAAAGAAAACGUAUAUAAACCUAUAUACAUAGCGAGUGUUUUUUUUUUGUUCGCUUCUACUUGUUAAUCUUUGUUGGUUGGGGCUGGCUGAUUACUACGUGAAUUGAUCAACGCUGUGUCGUCUAUGUUGGCCAUGCAUUAAUUCACACAGACAAUUGGCAAACUCGUGUUUUUUUUGUUCUCAGUUCUUGAUGUGAAUUAAAAAACGAAAGCAAGAAACUGGAGACAAAGAGACAUGCUAUAGGAUUGAUAUCGGAACAGAUCUCUGGCAACAUUUCUUUGCCACACAGUAAUAUCGAUUUAAAAAGAAACCAAAGCAGAAGCCGUGAUCAUCGCGAUCAGCAACCAUGAACUACUAGCCAAAUGCUGCAGCUUUUAGCAAUAUGGCGCCAGCUCUAACAGAGCCAAUAAGUCCAAAGGAGAAACUAACGAGUUCUGGAACUGCAACCGCAACACCAGCUACAGCUGCAAGAGCUAGCAGGAAAAUCGACACAGAGAACUAUAUAACAAAUAAUAACAAUAAUAACAACAACAACACCACCAUCACACCCCUCAAACAAUCGCCCACAUUACGUGAAAAGCGAAAUUGUAAUAACAACAAUAGCAAUAGCAUACCAGUUGUCCAGGUGCCAACUACAUCAACGAUACGUUUGACACGUUCCCGGGAUUUGCAGCAAAGAUUGCUCUCCUCUUCACCCAAGUGUAAGGACAAGCAGCAGCACCAGCAGCCAAUAAUAACACAGAGCAAACCCCCAAUUCUCACAACCUCUGGCGAUACAGUAAAUAAUGAGCAAAUGGGCUUAAGCACGGCCGUGUUGGAAACCAAAAAUCAGAUAAUCAAUCAAAAUACAAAUACUGCAACGACUGAAUUAAUUGCCGCGGCGGAGGAGGAACAUCAGAAUCCGGACGCUGUGCAAAAGGCAGCAGCAGUAGCAGCAACAAAGGAAGCAGAUACCACGUCAACGGCCCAACUUUUGGCCGAUCUAACAAACGAGGCCAUAACAGCUGAUAUUUGUUUGCGCAAACAAUUGAAGGACGUGAAUUUGGUUAAAGCAGUGGCAGAAGGAUCUUCAUCUCCGCUGCAGCGAGACCGUGACAUUGUUGUUAUAAAGUCAAUCUCGACAUCAUCUCCUCCCAGCAACAGCUUAGACACUGCGCACAUGGAUACGCAGUGUAGUGGUGAAGAAGAUGCAAGUACCACCACCAAUACCAAUGAUGAGGAGGGCAACAAAUAUCAAACUGUACAGCAAGGAAAUGAGGAGGAGGAGGAGGAGGGCUCCCAAAUAAAAGAAACCAAUCAUGUAACACCAGAAGAUGUUAAAAAUUCGAAUGAUGUCGUCGUCACAGAAGAAACGAAUAAAAACACCAAUGAAUGUCACUUAUCCAGCGAUGUUUUGGAUUCAUAUCCUCCUGAUUCCCCCCUGGAAUCCGAUGAGGAAAGCAAGAAAGAUGGAAAUUCUAAACCAGAAAUUAUAUCCGUUCAAGAAUUGCCCCCCGUAAAUACAGAUUCAACAAUGACAGCCUCAGAGGUGGAAGAUAAUUUGGAAGAGCGCCUUAGCCAAUUGGAUGGCACGGCAAUUGAUUCGCCACCACCAAAUAAUGAUGAUGUUGAGGAUGACAAGGAUGAUGUCUUUAAAUCCGCUCAACUUGUUAUGGAGUCAACGCAUACUGCUGCUGCCACCACUACACCUCCUCGUACUCCCACACAUCAACAGACGCUAGCCAAGGACAUGCAGGAUAUACAACAACAAUUGCAGCAUACUCCACCCACCCCGGUGGCACAACAAGUGCAGGCUCACCACCACCAUCAAAUGCAGCAACAACAGCAACUGCAGCAGGUGCUGCCCCAGCAAAAUUGUUUAACUCCCCAAAGCACGGCAUCCUCAAUCAACACAGUUGGCAGUGGCAACAUACCACAAUCCUUUAUAAAAGAAGCCGAAGCCGGCACAGAAUUGGAGGAUCAAGAUAUCGAAGAGGUGUUCAAAGUAUUGAAAGGAUUUGAGGGAGGUGGCUCAUCCGAUUUAAACGUCUGCGAUUUAAAUGUCCUCUUCAAUGAAGCCUAUAUGAAAAUGAACGAAAGUGACAUAGGCGGCACGACGGGUGGCAAUAGUCAGGUUGCAGUGGCUGGAGUUAGCAGCAGCAGCAGCAGCAGCAUUAGCAACAGCCAUGUUAGCCAUAGUCACGUCAGUGUGGCCACAGAAAAUCCCUCAAUACAACCCGUUAAGCCCACAGAACUAGAGGAGGCCCAAAAAGACAUUGAGGAACGUCAGAGGCAAAUGCAACGCAAAGUAGAUAUCCUGAUGCGACGUCUUAGGAAACUGCAAGCUCGUUACAUGUGUAAACAUACUAGCGAAGAAAUUGCGGGGCUUUUUGAAUUGACUGCCCGACAGAGCAGUAAAGGUGUGAACGCCAAUCACGUGGUGGAGAAUCCGAUUGGCAGUGAUCCAAAUAGUCAAGACAUUACCAAGUAUUUUCAAAAAGUCAUUGCCUCACGACCACCUGCCUCAGAUUGGAAAAGCGAACAAGAAGAAUUGGUACCUGCUAAACAAAUCUCAACGCUUUUACGGAAAAUUGAAACAGUGGCCAAUGCCCAACAGCAUUGUCUGACGCCUGUCAACGCCAGCAACAACAACAACAACAAUAACAUCAAUCCCAACAACUUUCACAUAGCACCAACCAAAAAAUCGAAAAAAGCUUUACUGGAGGCUCAACAAAACGCUGCUGCAGCUGCUGCUGGAACUACCGGCAGCAGUUUGAAAAAUGAUACCACCACCCUGGACAGCUCAGCUGAAGGCCGUAAUGCCGAGGAUAUAAUUGUGGCUACAUUGGAGGAGAAUGUAACCACCGAGUUAACCCAGGUGACGGGCCUUUUGCAAACCGAAAUGUAUGAAGUACAAAGAGCCAUCGAUUCGGAUGCCACAGAAUCAAGUUCGGGUGGUGAAUCGGCCGAUGAAAUGGUUGUUUUCAAUAAUCAGCAACAACAAACUCUGCCUAUAACAAAACGUGCCGCCUGGCGUUAUUCACGUGAUCGUGCUGCCAUUGCUUCACGCUGGUCGUGGCUGCUAUCUCAAAUUGCCGAUUUAGAAAUCAAGAUACGCCAACACAGUGAACUAUAUCAGGAAAUUCUCAAGGCCAAGGGGCCGGUGAUAUCGUGUCCCCGUGACAAUGGUCUAAAGGUUGAUCGUAACGACAAGGACUUGGAUGAUGAUGCCCUUGAAGGUUCCUCUUGUCGAACACGUGGCUUCAAUCCGGCCCAAUUUCGCAAACGAAAACUGAUACAAACCACAAACAUGCAUACGAUAUCGAAAAAGGCAGCAAGACCGAGCACAAUCAAAUGCGGUUGCCAAUGGCCAAUACAUCCAUGUGCAUUAUGCACGGGACGAGCAGAUCCAACAGCGCCAAGAGAUUUACCCGACACCAUGAUGAUGUCUGAACGGAUAGCAUUAUUAGAUGCUGGUUAUCAUCCUGUGCUUAGUUUCCGAGAAAAUGUCAAUAAUGCCUUACAUUUUGAAGCCAUUGCCAAGCAGCCGGAAUGGCAACAACGUGUAAUGCGCUGUCAGGCAAAACACAUAGCAAAGAGUGUGUGGAAGGCUGAACGUGAGGCUGUGGCUGGGAAAAAGUUCAACGAUGGUGGGGCACCGCCAAUCAAGCGUCGUUAUGUCAAGAAGAAAGAUCGGGACGAUAAAGGCACGCAACAACAACAACAACAACAACAAGCAAGAGAAUCGGUGACCAAAAGUGGGAAAAAACAAACCUGCCAGAUACUGAGCGAUGUGAUAUUGAAGAAUCCCAGCAAUCAGCAACCAUCGCCUCUACGAUUGUCAACAACCAGUUCGGCGGCAGCAACUGUGACAACAGCCACAGCGAUGAAUUCAAUUCAUCAAACGAGCGAUUGUCAUCACCCGACAAGUUACGAUCCAUACAAUCUCAACCCAACACAUUCAUCAUCGAUCUCCAACAACAACAGCAACAGCAGCAGCAGCAAAAGUAACAAACAUCGUAAACUAUCAUCAGCCUCAACAGCUGCAACAUCUCAUCAUUACAAUCAGCAUAACAACCAUCUAUAUAAUGGCGAAUCAGGUUUUACACAUCAUAAUUAUGAUUGGUCGGGUGCGGCGGGUGGAGUCGAUGCAAUAACUGCCCGUAGUCGAACCUCUUCUCCAACGCAUGGUGGUGGCAGCACCAGCAGCAAUUAUCAUAGUAAAAAUGAAAGAUCAUUUGAUCGUAAGAAUCGGGUAUCGUACGAUAUUGAUAAUAUUGUGAUUCCAUAUAGUGUUGCCGCAGCUACCAGAGUAGAGAUACUACCCUAUAAGGAAAUUCCAACGCCAAAAUGGCGUAUUGUAAAUACAACAACCACAACAAGCGAUGAAACCGCAAAUGUAGAAACAUCGGAUAAUAAUGGGAAUCGGAAUGUAACAACAAAUGGUGAUGUGUUGAGUGAUGAUGGCGAUAAUCGAAAUUCCAACAACAACAACAAUAACACCACCCCCAAUACGUUCACUAAAAAUGAAAUUAAACCUACGAACGGAGAUGAAAUAAAAAUGCUGGCCCCCCCGUCAUCAUCAUUGUGCGACAGCAGCAGGAGUGAUCACAAAAUUAGCGAUAAGGCAACAUCACAUCGACAAACUUCAAUGUGUCCAACUACUAGUAAGGAUGUUGUUGUUGUUGGUGUCGAUAAGGGCUCAAAGUGUUUGGAAAAUGGAGAAACUAUUCUAAACAAUGGAAGCUGUGAACCUGCUAUGGUGGAGGAACCAGUUGAAAAGAAACCGAAAAUGGAACCAAAUGUGAUAAAAAAUGAACAUAUACAACCACCAUCAACCUCCUCGUGCACGUCCUCUGCCUCUGCCUCUCUAGUACACAAUGUAGAUACCAACGAUAGGAGGAUAGUGGUCGAUGCAAUUGGGCCAGACGAUGAAUAUUGUGAAGAUAUUUCCGAUGAAGCAAUGAUUUUGCGGCAUGAACGAGCCUUGACUGAAGAAAGACGUAAAUUCCAAACAUUCUUAAAAUUCCCCUGGAGUACACGAUCAAGAGCCAAUCGACGUAUUGAUAGUCGGGCUGAAUCGAGUGGGGCAAAUACACCAGAUCCCAGUUCACCAGCUCCGCAUACACCCAUUGUUGGUGGUGGCGAUCAAGAUAGCAUACCAUCUCCCUCAACUCCCUCGACGCCUUUGAAUAUAUUGGAUACGAUUUCAGAAGCGGGAGAUAAUUCAACCUCAUUUUUGGGUGUUGGAUUUAUGUCAAGUCACAGUAGUAAACGCCAGGAACGAAGGCGUACCACAUCGGCGAAGCGUGAUUUUGAGCGGCGCAGUUCCACACCUGAUUCCAAAGAGCUUAUUCCACCCUAUGAACCCAUGAGAUUUCCCCUUACCGAUGAACAAUUUGAGGAACUACAAAGUGCUAUGCCCAGCGAACACAAUGAGGAUAGUAAACGUUUCGAUGAUUGUUAUUUUCCCGGCGGCGGCGGCGGUGGUGGUCUUGGUGUUGGCAUGCGAACACGUUACUGUAGUGGCCCUACAACUGCAGCGGGCAACUCAUCAUCAAAACGUUCCUCACGCUCCUCCACAAUGUGUGGGGGAGAAAGACGACCCAAGGGUUCUUUAAAAAAUACUUCUUCCAUCGAAGAUGUCAAUGCCAUGAUGACACUCGAAAACAACUGCACUGAUAACAAUAAUAUGGAUGAUGAAGACUACGAUGAUUAUCCCAAACAUCAUUUGGCCACAAAUGAUGAUCAUUUGACGGCCGAUGACUGUGAUGAUCCGGGUGGCAUUCACAACGACGAUAUGAUGAUGUAUGGCGAUGGCGAAGAUGGUGAUUAUGUCUUUGCAAAUAGUCGGCGUAAACAUGGCGGCGACAGUGAUGGUGAUUCCACAGAAACGGAACCAUUUCAAGAUGAUGAUCCAAAUGAUCCAGAGUGGCGAGGUGAAACCGAAGAUCGAUCGCGUAAGAAAGCGGUGUAAAAAAAUGUAUACCCCCCUAACGCUUUCGGCGGCUUUUGCGUUUGAAUUUUCUUUUCUUUCUUCGUUCUUUUUAAGAUGAUAUAGAAGGAAGAGAGAGAGAAAAAAAAAAGAGGUAACUUAUUAUUAUAAUUUUUUUCCUUCUAAAUAUUAUGUAAUUCUAUAUGCUGCAUAUGCGUACGUACAUAUAACAAAAACUUGUUGUGUUUUUCUUUUUUACAUAACAUAAUCUUCUUAUACUUUACUUUCAUUGCAAACAUUUUUGUUUUUCGAUUUCAAAAAUGAAAAAAAUUAAUUAUUAUCAUUAAUUAAAUUCAGAAUAUCAAUAUUACAACAGAGUUUUUUAUAUACAUAAUUUCAUAGCCUCAUACAAUAUAUCAUGAUAUGUAUGUAUGUAUGUAUGUAUAUUUAUGUGUGUAUGCGUUGCUAAACAUGAAAUCAAUGAAAGUUUACAACUUUAUUAUUAUUUUUUUUAAAUUAAUUAUUAAAAAUAAAUAUUUUUUAAUAAUAAAAUUCUACCCCCUACCACACCACAACCUCACAACAAACCAUUCUACAAUAUGAAAAUUCGUCAAAAUAAUCCAGCCAGAAGUUUGAAAAUAAAGAAAGAGGACAGGAUUCUAGAAUUGCAUAUAUUUACAAAGCACCUCAUUAACCUUUAACUUAAAUUUUUUCAAAGUCUUUCUUCAUCCUCACCAUCUGUGGUCAACUUUUAUGAAACAUAACCUCAAAAACUAAGAUUGAAAAACUUUUUGACUUACAUUACAUAACGCCAAAAAAGUAAAAAUUAGUUGUAGUUUUUUGAGGUCUUUUUUGGCUUUUCCCUCUGUGGUCCACAUAUUGGAAACAUAACCUCAAAAAAUAAAAAUUUCACAAUAUCGUUCAAUUAAAAUAUUUCGCAGUUUCUAAUUAGCCCCUUCCCUUUUUGGGAAACAUAGUCUCAGAAAAUAGCAAUUUCACCACAUUCGUUAAUUUAAAAAAAAAAUCGGAACCUUUCUUUAACUUCUUCCUCUUUUGUCAAUUUUUUCAAAACAUAACCUCAAACAAUACAACAUUCACAAUUUUUUUUUUUUAAUUUGAAAGUUUUUGGAGAGACCAGGGCCUCAAUUCUUGUCCCAUGAACAUGGGAAAUGUAAACAUUUAUAUGGGAAAGAAAAAUCGAAUGUAUCACCAGGUUAUGAAGAAAAAAAUCUUUCAGCCCCUAGACUAGAAUUCUUGUUCCAUGAAAAUAUGGAAUUUAAAAUAUUUUCUCUAUUAUUGGAAAAGUUUUUAUUCCAGAUUUUCACAGAACAAGAAUUGAUCCCCAUACCAGACACUAUUGUGAAUUUCGAUUUUUAUACCCUACACCACAUAGGUGGUGUAAGGGUAUUAUGCUUUUAUGUAUUUGUUUGUAACAUGGAGAAGGAAGCGAGAUAUAGCCAUAGUUCCUUUUGAUGACCUGGAUGGUAUCAAAUUUUGAGUCGAUUUACGCAGGUCCAUCCGUCCGUCUGUCUCUCCAUGCAUUUAUUGUCCGAUUCAGAUGAAAAUUUGUACAAGCACAUUUGUUUGACUCGAAGAAGAAUUAUAUUUAAAUUGGAGAAAACCGGUCAAAAUUUAGAUACAUAUCUUCGUCCGAUUUGCCUUUUAUUGUGCACCAAAUGUGUAAUAUUAUCCCGAAUUAGAUGGUAUUUGGCACUUGCAAUCAAAUUGAGUCUAGAAACAAGUAUGUCAAAUUUGGUGAAAAUCGGUUCUGAUAUAGCUAUAGCUCCCACAUAUAUUGUUCAUCCGGUUUGUUAUUUUGAUCCUCCACAGCCAUAAUAUGCCCCCCGUAACAACGAUAUUCGAGGAAUUAUAUCAAAUACAGAUCAGAAAUACCUUUGCUAAAUUUGAUCGAGAUCAGGUCACAUUUUGAUAUAGCUCCCAUAUAUAACUUCGUCCGAUUUGCCUUUUAUUGUGCACCAAACGUGUAAUAUUAUCCCGAAUGAGAUGGUAUUUGGCACUUACGACCAAAUUGAGUCUAGAAACAAGUAUCCGGUUUGUUAUUUUUGUCCUCCACAGCCAUAAUAUGCACUCCGUAACAACGAUAUUCGAGGAAUUAUAUCAAAUACAGCUCAGAACCAUAACCUCAAAAUUCAAAAUUUUCCACAUUCCUAAAUAUUUUUUCGCUUAUUGGACAUAUUUUGGAAAAUAUAACUUCAAAAAAUCUCUCUAUGUAAAAAAAGAUUUCCCAAAAUCCCUUAUUUAAAAUUGUAGGAGAGUUUUUCUGGCUUUUUCCACUGUGGUCAACAUUUGGCAAACAUAACCUAAAAAAAUACAAUUUUUACGAUUUUCCGUAUUUACAAUUUUUCGGAGUCUUUCUUAUACUCUCCCUCUGUGGAGUUGUAAUUUAAAACCAAAAACCUAAAAAUUGCAAAAUCUACAAUUUUACAAAAAUACACUCAAUCUCGGAGUUUUUUCUUUAGUUUAUCCAUCUAUAGAAAACUGGAGCUUCUUUAAAUAACAUAACCUGAAAAAAUUGAGAUUUACCACUGUCCCUAAAUUCCUUAGAAUAUGAUGAUAUGUUUGGAGAAUGGAGAAGGUGGUCAUCAUAACCUCAAAAAAUACAAAUUUCACAACUUUCGUCAAAGUGAAAAAUUGCGGAGAUUUUCUAUGACUUGUCAAAUUUUGGCAAACAUAACCUCAAAAAAAAAAUACAAUUUUCUUUAAUUUACAUUUUUCGCGUAUGUCUUUUUUAUCCUCGCCCUCUGGGGUCAAAAUUUGUGAAACAUAACCUCAACUAAUAAAGAUUUCACAACUUUUGUUAAUUUGAAAAUUUCGGAGCCUUUCUUUGGCUUUUCCAACCACUGUGGUCAACUUAAAACAUAACCUCAAAAAAUAAAAAUUUUAUAAUUUUCCUUAAUUAAAAUUUUUUUGGAGUCUUUUUUCCUCGCCCUCCACAAAAUUGCAAAAUCUACAGCUUUACAAAAAUACACUCAAUCUCGGAGUUUUUCUUUAGUUUGUUCAUCUAUAGGAAAAUGGAGUUUUUUUUCAAAAACAUAACCUCAAAAAAAUCAGAUUUUUCACUGUGCCUAAAUUGCUUGGAGGAAUAUGGUAUGCAAGAAAGUUCGAAUUUAUUUGGUUAGAGAAGGGAGAAGAUGAACAUAGAAAAUCUCUCUCGCUCUCUCGAUUAUUUUGUUUUAACUCUAUGUAAUGCCAAAUUCAUUCAUUUGAUUUCAAUUUAAUUAAAAAAGUACUUAUAGAAUUAGUAUUUUUCUUUCGAGUUCCAUUUCGAAUAAAAUUUAAAACAAAAAUAAUUUAUUUUACCUUUACUUCUGGCUGGAUUAUUUUACCCAUUAUUGACUUAUUGAAGUUGCGUUUUUUUUAGUUGCUUCACCUCAUUCUUUGCAGACAAAAAAUUGUCUUUUCAUUUUAUGGAGAGCUUAAAAACAAAUAGACACAACUUGUAUAUAUAAAAAAACAAAAUAAAAUAAAUAAUAUUUAUAUUAACUCAUACAAUAAUAUGAUGCGACUUUAUAAAUUUAAAUACACCCCAUAAGAUUCUGUAUAUAUAUAAUUUAAAACAAA